AUGGCUGUUCCUCCUCCAGGAUACGACACUGUGCUCCUUCGCGAACACCUUUACCAAGAUCUCAAGAACAAGUAUCUUGUGAUCCCUCCGGAAGCCCAUGAAGCCGGCUUUAGGCCGGUUCAUGAAAUUGGACUGGGGCUAUUUAAUUACUACCUCGUUGACCAGCACAGCAUUCAAGGCAGGGGAAUCCAUGGUAUUUGGGAGGUUGUACUCGAUUUUCUCCUGUUAACACUAGUGGGAGCCUGUUGCUUUGGCAUCUAUAAAGUGAUCUCCUCCUGGAAGAAGAGGGCUUUGAAGCCUGUGCUGCUCAAAAAACAGCACAAGGAGGACCUCGAGAUGGGUAUUUCCAAUGAUGUCAAGCUCAAGUAUGCACCGGAUCUGCCAUCGCUUGUGCACAGUCCCUCCACACCAGUCUAUUCCGAAUCGUCUCCAUCGAGCGUGCACACCACUCCUAUCACAAACCUCAUGAAGUUCGAUGUCCCAGACAAACACGACAACUCAGAGCUCCAUCACAGCUUGCUCAUGAGCAGUCUCAAGAUCCAGUAAUUGCAUCCACUAGCAUCAGCAUACUUGCAUUGUUUUUCUACAGGCAACUAAUACCAAGCCCACUUUCCAUUGGCGACCCACGCUGGCCGGGUGGAGGAAUGCAGCAUGCACAGAGCCGAGAGCGAGUCAUUUUUGUGUCCCACGCUUCCUCCCAGCUCCUUCACCAGCUCCAGGGCUGCCCCGUUAUAUUCUCCCGCAUGAUACACCAACUCGUCGUGCCAUAUCUUGAUUUUCUUCACCGCAGAGCAUUCCGCCAUGCAGCACUCAAGCAACUUGCGUGUCUGGUCCAGCGUCUCGGCAUCGAGCAUGAUCAGUGUCACCUGGUCCUGGCCAAACUCGUAAUACCACAGUGCAAAAGCGCUCCCUAUAUAUAUGCCAAAUCUAUUGCCGUUGAAUUCUCUUUUCUGGAGCUUUGCCAGAUGGAUCGAUCGGUUCUGGAACCACUCCAGGUUCUCCACAGAGGGUUUCACAGCUACCGAUCCAGGCGAUGCCUGGACCAUUCUGCGAACUUUGGCGUCAUACUGGUCGAUGAAUUUCGGCAGGUUCUCCUCCGUCACGUACAAGUAUGGAAUUGCGGUUUUUCUACCUGUCUCCAGUAGAGCCAGAGGAACGUGGUAGCUUUGGAAUCCAAACCGCGAAUAGUACUCGCCCACCUCGCUGUAUAGGAACGAAAAGUCAUACUUUCCUUGAAAUAGGUCUUUCAUCUUUUCCACCAGCUGCUCCAUCAUUUUCGUGGCAUACCCCUUUUUUCUGUGCUGUUCCAGAGUGUAGACGGAUCCAACGGCCGCACAUUUGCCCUCGUGCAGCGAUUUAUCAAAAUAGUACGAGUCUCGCACCACAAACUCGCAGGCACACACAAUAUCCUCAAACUUGUCGCUCGGAAGCGUUGUAUCCCUAAAAACCCAGUAAUACGUCCCGUUGACCACGGUGUCGUCCCUCCAAAGAUCGCAAAACCGGUGGGUGUAAUUCAGCCGCUCCCGCUCGAUGUACUCCUCCAUGCCCAGCGUGCCUCCCCAGGCCCGAUGGUUGUGGCUGAGAACGUAACGCAAAACCUCAAAGUCGGUUAU